UAAAAACGGACAAGAAAAAGAAGAAAAAGGCUCCUAACGUUGUGAACAAACAAAGCCCGUUCUAGUUUUUAAUUCCUAUAUGAAAUGAAACAAAAGCUUCACUUGUCCGAAUCUCGUCUUGAUUAUCUGACAUUUUUAUGGAAGCUAAUCGUAAAGGCAAGAGCUAUGUUGAGUACCGUUCGUUUUGACUGCUAGUCUGAUCCCAUUGUCCCAGCCCCACCACCUUAAAUGCUCUGUUUUCCCCCACUCUCUCUCUCUCUCUCUCUCCUCUAUAUAUAUAUAUAUAAUGGAUAAUAUAUAUUGGAGCGACUGAUUAAAGAGCUCCAAGAAAAAGGAAAGGAAGAAUGGGCCGGAAAGAGAGGCCGAAUGUUGUCGGGUUUUUUAAGUUUCUGCUGCUGCUGCUCUUCGCUGCUCAUGAAACAAUGGCGGCGGAGGAGAGGGCGUACCGGAAUGCGUACGCGACGAUGCUGUACAUGGGGACGCCGAGGGACUACGAGUUCUACGUGGCCACACGUGUCCUGCUUAGAUCGCUGGCCGGGCUCGGUGUGGAGGCCGAUCUCAUCGUCAUUGCCUCCCUCGACGUUCCUCUCCGAUGGGUCCGAGUUCUGGAACAGGAAGAUGGGGCGAAGGUGUUGAGAGUUAAGAAUUUGAAUAAUCCAUACGAGGAUCAGUCCAAUUUCGACAGGAGAUUCAAAUUGACAUUGAACAAACUCUAUGCAUGGAGCCUAGUCGACUAUGACAGGGUUGUCAUGCUCGAUGCUGAUAAUCUCUUCCUUCAAAAGACCGAUGAAUUAUUCCAGUGUGGACAGUUUUGUGCGGUCUUUAUCAACCCUUGCAUAUUUCAUACUGGACUCUUUGUCUUGCAACCAUCAAUGGAGGUGUUCAACGACAUGAAAAAAGAGUUGGAGAGAGGAAGAGAGAAUCCAGAUGGUGCAGACCAGGGUUUUAUUUGUGGAUACUACCCAGAUUUGCUUGAUCGGCCCAUGUUCCAUCCACCCUCUAACGGCACCAAGCUUGAUGGAACCUUCAGACUUCCCUUGGGCUAUCAAAUGGAUGCUACGUACUACUAUCUUAGACUUCGCUGGAGCGUACCCUGUGGACCCAACAGUGUGAUUACAUUCCCAGGUGCACCGUGGUUGAAGCCUUGGUACUGGUGGUCGUGGCCCGUACUGCCAUUAGGCAUUUCAUGGCAUGAACAACGCCGGCAAACCCUUGGGUAUGUUGCAGAGAUACCAGCGAUGCUUAUCCAGUUUGCAACUUAUCUAGGAAUUAUAGUAUUGACUCGUCUAGCACGGCCAAACUUCUCCAAGUUAUGCUACCGGCGAUCGGAGAAUCACAUUUCCUUGAUACAAGCAGGCCUCAAAGUCAUCGCGGUGUGGUCUAUUGUUGCCUCUUAUAUUGUACCCUUCUUCAUUAUUCCUCGCACUCUUCAUCCACUACCUGCAUGGACUCUUUAUUUGUUCGGAUCUUUUGCGCUUUGCUCCAUAGCUAUAAAUGCAUUUUUACUACCAAUGCUACCGGUUCUGGUCCCGUGGUUUGGGAUCUUUGGGUCCCUUCUAGUAAUGGCAUUUCCUUGGUACUCAGAUGGGGUUGUGAGAGCACUAGCUGUCUUUGGCUAUGCAUUUUGUGCUGCACCUUUCGUGUGGAUAGCCAUGGUCAAGGUCAUGGCAAGCCUUCAGGUCUCACUUGAAAGGGAAGCUUUCUUCCCAAGACUGGGGGAAUCUUCGCCACCUCCAGGAUUUAACAAGUUAUAUUGAGCAAGAAGUUUCUCAUCUGCAUGAUCCAAUGCCUCAACAAAGGAGUUAGUCUUUUGGCAAAUUUAGACAGAUACUGGAGUUGCCUGUGGAUAGAAAUGGCCUGAGAGAGGCUGUGUUUUGCAUGGGCUCCUCUGUUUUGGUGGUGCAUUCAAGUUACUGUCACGGAUUAGGCAGGAAGACUGGAAGAGGAGAGGGGGUGGGGGGAUGGAAUGUCGGCAAUGAAUCCAUGCAUCAUUUGUUAUAAUUGAAUUUGUUGUAUUUUUUGUCCUGGUCUUUUAUGAGCUCUGCCCUUCAUUUUCAUUUUCCCCUCCUGGCUGAGCAAUUUCGGGUAUUGUUACCCCAAAAAAAAAAAAAAAAAAGAUUGUUUUAUCCA